AUAAAGUGUGUACUGUGCAUUUUGACUCUGUUGGAGUUCAGAAGACGGCUGCUUCUGUUUGAAUGCGGUCCAUCAUGAGGAGAGGAGUGGUGCAACUCACCCUUUUUGGGGUUCUGGUGACUCUAGCUGCUGCACAACCAAAAAAGGAUGACUGGGACAUUUACAGCUUUCACAUCAACUCCACUGUGACCAGCCGAUAUGCCACCACCAUCAUCACAAGCCGUGUUGUGAAUCGCAUGAACGAAUCGAAAGAAAUUGAAUUCCACGUUCAGAUUCCCAAAAAUGCCUUCAUCAGUAAAUUCAGGAUGCUUAUUGAUGGUCAAAUGUACGAUGGAGUUGUGAAAACUAAGGAGCAGGCUCAGCAACAGUACACUCAGGCUGUGUCUCGUGGCCAGAGUGCUGGGAUUGUCAGCUCUGUUGGGAGAACCAUGGAGGAAUUUAAAACCUCUGUAACUGUGGCGGCCCACAAAAAGGUCACCUUUGAACUCACCUAUGAGGAGCUGCUGAAGCGAACCCACGGCAAAUACGAGCUGCAGAUUUAUGCUCGACCCAUGCAGCCCGUCAAAGACUUCAAGGCUGAUGUGCACAUUCACGAGAAAGCCGGCAUCAGUUUCGUUGAUGUGAAAGGAGGGCUGAGCACCAACGCCUUGGCUAAUGCUAUCACUAAAACACUUGCAGAUAAACAGGCAUGGGUGUAUUUUUAUCCUACGGUGGACCAACAGAAAACUUGUGACAGCUGUGGAGAGUGGGGUCUGAGUGGAGAUUUGAUUGUUGUUUAUGAUGUAAAUCGAGUCAAUGGACUGGGCGACUUCAAGACUUCGGACGGAUACUUUGUCCAUCACUUUGCUCCAUCAAACCUUCUCCGAAUACCAAAGAACGUUGUCUUUGUUAUAGAUCGAAGUGGCUCAAUGCACGGCAGAAAAAUACAACAGACCAGAACUGCUUUAAUCCAUAUAUUGAAUGACCUGGCAGAAGAUGACUACUUAGGUCUUGUCAGUUUUGAUAGCAAAAUAUCUCACUGGAGAAGAGAACUCGUUCAGGCCACUAGAGCAAAUCUAGAGGGUGCCAAGAGAUUUGCGUAUGGUAUUACUGACAGAGGAACUACAGACAUCAAUGCAGCCGUGUUGGAAGGGACACGCAUGCUGAAUGCACAUCCUAGAAAAAGUUCAGCUUCCAUUCUAAUACUUCUCACAGAUGGAGACCCAACAUCAGGAGUGACAAAUCUCGAACAAAUACAAUCAAAUGUAAAACAGGCGAUUGCAGGAAAGUUUCCUCUCUACUGUCUUGGUUUUGGAUUUGAUGUCAAUUUUGAGUUUUUGGAGAAGAUGUCUUUGGGGAACAGCGGUGCAGCAAGACGGAUCUAUGAAGACUCUGACGCUGAUUUGCAGCUCAAGGGCUUUUAUGAAGAAGUGGCCACUCCGCUGUUAACAGAUAUCGCAAUGACCUAUGUUGGUGGAACCAAUCUAACCCAGACUAAUUUCAGUCAUUAUUAUGACGGCUCUGAGAUCGUGGUGGCCGGUGAGAUCAUCGACAACAACAUUGAAAACUUUGUGCCAGAAGUUGUUGCCAUUUCAAGUAAACAAAAAGUGACAUUUUCUAAAACAAAUGAGUUUGUGGAUUCUUCUACUGGAAUUGCUGAUGGACUUCUUCAAAGGGUUUGGGCCUACCUCACUGUGAAACAACUUCUGGAGAAAGAGCUGCUGGUAUCUGGACCUGAGAAAGAGAAAGUGAAGAACGAUACUUUGAAGUUGUCCCUGAAGUACAGCUUUGUGACCCCACUCACCUCCAUGGUGGUCACCAAGCCGCAGGGGGAGGACAUGGAUGUCCUUCACAAACCCAAAGAGGGGGGAGUAGUUCGGUCCGACAGUCAUGCCACACCAGCCAACAGAAUCGUUGGGCUCGCUGGUCUUCCUGGUCUUCCUGGUCUUCCUGGUAUUCCUGGACAACCUGGUUCACAUGGACGCUUUGGACCUCUUGGUAUUCCUUCUUCACCUGGCUUUUUCUUUGGUUUAAGUGAUUUCGUUUCUUACGACUACCCUGAUUACACCAGUAGUGGAAGGAGUGCUCAACCGACGGCCACAGGGACACUGAGCCAUGAUUUCAUAAGUAUGAUGGUUGAACUACCGCCCACAGAGAUGACAACACUUGCUCCUCCUGUUUCUCACAGAUUUUUGCGGAAAGCUGAAAAUCAACCUGUUCCUCUUUGCUUUGAUGUCAGUAAAGCUGCCAUUUUCAAACUGCUUCACCAUCCAAGCAAGGCGGUGUUUGUAAAUGGUGAACUGGAUUCACUAACAAAUGGAGGCUUCGCUAAGAUCGUUAUUCACAUCAGCACUGACCAGCACAUUGAGGUUGAUCCAGAGGGAAUCAGUCUUCGACAGGGACAGUCCACGACACGGCACACUGGACAGGAUCUCAUCACAGUUGGACGUCAUACAGUGAUCAUGCGUACCAAUGAAAUAGAUGUUGCGGUGGAGGAUGUGCGUUUGGUUAUCUUAGUGCAUGAGAAGGACAGGAACAAAUUCCUUUGGCCUGUUUUGCGGCAGACGCCAUCUGCCGACGACAUUGAAGGAUUUUUAGCUUUAAAACCAGCAGACUAUCAGGCGCUUCUGCAACAAUCUGAUGCGAAACUGAAGCUCAAAGACAGAGAGACUCCUGCUUCCAGCUCCACUGCAACUGACUACAGCAAUGCCAAUCCUGUGCUAAUGACCUGUUGGCUUGUGGGAGCUGACUUUGCCCUGGAGAGGACUUUGAAUGAUUACUUUGUUGCACAACUUUAACUGGAAGCUGUAAUGAGUAACCAAAUGCACAUUUAAAACAAAAUUACACAGCUUGAUAUCAGCAUUCAAAUGAAUAUUAGUCAAGAUCGGUGAAAACAUUAUACAUUUUUAAAGUAUGUUUAAAGAAAAUUAAAUAUAAAUAAAAAAACAUUCAAACCUCUAAAGGAGGUGAAAGGGGUAAAAACUAAACCCAUUAAUGUUCAAUAACCUUACCAAACACUGUUUUAAUGCAUAUAGAUCCUGAAAGAUUUUUUCUGUUGUUAUUGAUUGCUGUUUAUAUAAUUCUGAUUGUGUAUUAAUAAAGAAAUGCAGAUA